AUGACCGGUAGCCGCCCAUCCCAGGGCGCCAAGCGUCGCCGUCAGUCUCUGACAAGCAGCAGGAAGGUUCAGCGCCGGGCCAUCGCAGCGCCCUUCAGUCGCCCCUGCCCAGCUGAUGCGGUGGAUGCAGGUGCUGCCUUGCUCGUGGGGGCCUUGGCCUUCGGGCCAUACCACUGCAUUGCAUCAUUUCUGGACACGCGCUCCCUGGGGCGGACGGAUCGAUCCUGCAGGUACUUGAGACGCCUGAAUAACGUCACGAAUGGGCCCUGGCACAAGAUUGGAGAACAAACUUUUUUCGGCAUGGAGAUUGAUGAAGGUGGCUUCAGCCUCUUCGAGGCAUGUGGCCCUGAGAGUUGGAAGGCACGGUGUGAGAAGUUUCGCAGAAUCACACCAACCUUCAGCCCACCUUUCUGUGGCUCUCAGAUCGCACAAGUGGAUAGCCCUGAUGAGGUUGCCUACUGCAGGUGCCGACUACGCUCAGACAUCCUGGCCAAGAACCCCAACCUGGGGGUCUACGUGGAAGUUGAGGUCCGCGCCAACGCUGAUAAUUUGAGUUUGGCGGUGGUGGACUUUGAAAACGGCGGUCGAAGCAGCGUGACCUUCAGUCCAGAGACUGGGGCUGUGCUGCGUCGCGGCCCCGACCCGACCGCCACCCGGUCGAUGCGCGGCGCGACGUCGCGACGGCCCGAGGCGAGCGCAAAGUGCGAGAAAGUCCUCGAGCCAUCGAGGGAACGUGCCGAUCCGCGAGAAGGGCGUCAGAAAGCGAGGAAGCGAGAGAAGUCGCGAGAAGCGUCGCGAGACGCGAGAUCGGAGAGGGGGACGACACGAAAGUGGAGGGACGAGCGGGAGAUGGGUAGGGGACCCAAAUGGAGAAAUCAGGGUAUUGGAGCUUUAGGAAACGUUUGGAAGGAGUGA